AUGUGUCUGGACAUGUCGUGCACGCCGACCGUGCCCAGCGCGCUGCCGCUGUGGUCGCCACUGCUGGCGCUGCAGGCGUGCCGCCUGCGCCGCUACCUCAGCGACGACUGCAUGCUGUACCACAACCGCCACGUGCUCCACUCGGAGCGGCGCCGCUGCGGCGUGUGCCUCGCCUCCUUCCCUUCGACGUGGCUUCUCGAACGCCACGCCGCUUUGCAACACGCAUCUCAGACGCCCUGUGACGAUAAACCUUUCGUCUGCGAGCAAUGCGGUCAAAGCUACCGAUAUAGAUCCGCAUACGUCAAGCAUCGCGAACAAAACCACCGCGCGCGCCUCCCGGCCGACAAACUCUUCACUUGCGACGUCUGCGGUAUGCAGUUUCGAUACCUUAAAUCUUUUAAGAAGCAUCGCCUAAAUCAUACGCUGGAAAGACUUCAUACAAAAAAUACUGACACCCCGGAGGGUUUGGAACAAGUUUCUAGCACUAACGAGGCUCUGAUAGGCAAGUGUGGAGAGAUGGAUUUGUCUAUGAAGAGAAAAAAUAGAGCUGAGAAUAUUAAAUCUCCAUCCUCUGAGGUGAUUCGAGACGCCGAGCAAGAUAGCACCGUCGACUCCAACGGUCCCACAGAUUCUGUCGUCACGGUCGACGAUUCUGUGGAAUGCCGCACUUCCGGUGCCGAGAGCGAGAGCAAAAGAGAUGACGAUACGACUUCUGAGGAACGAAGGCGAAUUCCCGUUUCGUUCGCCAGCAUCAGCUCCAUGGCGGAUAGCUCGGAGAACGAGUCGCGCACGGACAGCGUUAAACACGAAAGCUCCAGCGCCCACUCGGGCCUUCUCGGUUUUAUGCAAAACGACGAGAGACAGAGAGACAAAGAGAGGAAAUUCGCGUGCCCGUUCUGCGGUAAGUGCGUGCGCUCGAAGGAGAACCUGAAGCUGCACGUGCGCAAGCACACGGGCGAGCGGCCGUUCGUGUGCCUGUUCUGCGGGCGCGCGUUCGGCGGCAAGAGCGACCUGACGCGCCACCUGCGCAUCCACACGGGCGAGCGGCCCUACCACUGCGAGGCGUGCGGCAAGUGCUUCGCGCGCGCCGACUACCUCUCCAAGCACCUCACCACGCACGUGCACAACACGCGCUGA